AUGUCAAAUGAUACUCCUAAAGCUAAAUUAAAAUUUAAUAAAAAUAUCAUUUCUACAACUGAAAAUCCGAUACCAACUCCAGAAUUAUUAAAUCGAUUAACUAUCUUACACGAUGAGCUAAUGAGUUUAGUACAAGAUCAAGUUGAUAUUUAUUCCUUAGAAAAAUAUAGAAUUGAUUUAAUAAAUAAGAAGCUUCUAAAACAUCGAGAUCUAGGUGUACGCUCAUUUACAGCAUGUUGUAUCAGUGAUAUUUUAAGACUAUAUGCUCCAGAUGCUCCUUUUACACAACAACAACUUACCGAUUAUUUCAAAUUAGUUAUAAGCCAAUUUAAACUACUAGGUGAUAAUGAAAAUAAUGGUUUUAUUAUCCAACAAACUUAUUUAAUUACGAGACUAUUAGAAUUUAGAUCUAUCGUUCUAAUCACAGAUUUACCAAAUUCUUUACAAUUAAUUGAACAAGUUUUUCAAAUUUUUUAUAAUGACUCGUUAAAAUUUCCGAUUAAAUUGUAUAAUGUACUUGGAGGUAUAUUGGGUGAAAUAAUUUCUGAAUUUGAGAAUUUACCAAUGAGUAUCUUAAAAUUAAUAUUCAAUAAGAUUUUAACUUACCCUUACGAAGAAAUUUCAAAUACAGCAUUUAAAAAGAAAACACCCGCUUUAAGUUGCAGUUAUGAAAUUACUCUGAUCUUAUCUAAUACUUAUUCAAGUCGUAUGUCUCGUCAUUUAACAAAAUAUUAUUCAGAAAUUUUAUAUUCAAUUACCAAUAAAAAUAUCGAGGAACCCAACUAUAUUAGCUCAAAAUCUAUUCAAUUUAAUAUCCUAGAGAAAUUGAACAAAUUAGUUAUAAACAUAUGGCUCUUAUUCCCUGAAAUGUUAUCAUCCAUUAUCGGUUUCAUAUAUCACGAACUGUGUUCGGAGGAUGAGAUAUUACGAUUAAAAUCUACUAAGCUAGUUAGUGAACUUCUAUCGAGACAAAGCAGCAAUAAUGCUUCAAUUAAUUUUAUUAGUAGCUAUAAAGAUUGUUAUGAUGCAUGGUUAUUAAAGAUCGCUGAUAUUGAUGUUGAUGUUAGAAUCCAAUGGGUCGAAUCAAUACCAAAAUUAUUAUCUUGUAAAAAUUCCAUGGACUUAGCUUCUGAUUUAAACAAGGCUUUGUCAAAAACAUUAGUUGAUAAUGAUUUUAAAGUGCGUAAAUCAUCUGUCAUGAUCUUUGUGAGGACUCCAAUUCAUGACAUAUGGAAAAUUCUUACAAAUCCAUUAAUCUAUUCAUCAUUACUAUAUCUAACAAGAGAAAAAGUAAAAGAGGUUCGUGAAAUUUCAAUAUUGGCUGUUUCUCAAUUUUUUUCAAGCUCUUUAAAGCACAUUGAGCGUAAUUCAACUAACAAGCCUGUAUGGGAUAUUUUGGAUACAAUCCCCUCUGUUUUAUUCAAUUUAUAUUAUAUCAACGAUUUAAACAUUAAUGAACAAGUAGAUUUAAUGGUGUUUAAAUACAUACUACCGAUAGAUAGUAACGAAAAGACAAGGAUUUUAAGGCUUCUACAUGUAUUAAAAGGUUUUGAUAAGAAGGCAUUUUCCUCAUUUUUUGCCUUUAAUAGAAGGCAAUUGCAAAUGUCUAUUGCCCUGAAUAAGUUUUUACAAUUUUCAAAACUAUUAAACACCAAUAUAGCCCAAAGUGAAGAUGAGCGUCACCAAGAAUUAGAAACAAUAAGGGUGAAAUAUCAGAAAGUUAUCGAUUGGCUAGCAAAUACAAUGUCAGAUAGAGAAAAAACAGUUAUUUCUCUAGAAACAAUUAAAAAUUUAAAUGAUCAAAGAAUAUUUUUUUUACUUGAAACUUGUACGAAGUCGGAUGUAAACUUCACAACCUUAAAAAAUAGCUUUUCUGAAUUAAUGAGCAAAUUACAAGACCCACAAUUGUUCAAAAAACAUAAGUUGCAAAUGUUAUCCAAUAUUAUUCCAAAAGAUAUUGCUAAACAGUUAGAAAUCUUACUUUAUCGUUCAUCUCCAGUAAUUUAUAAUAUUUCAAACGUUAAUGCACUUUUAAACCUGGGGGAUAGUAUUGAUAAAUUAGAAACUGAAACUAAGCAAAAAUUAUUGGAUGAAAUAUCGACUGUUAAUCCUGCCUUGUUCAAAGAUCAGCUUCUUACAUUGAAGGAUAUAAUCUGUGACCCAGACUUCUAUGUUAAUGAUACAAAAGAAAAAUCUGCACUUUAUGAUGCUUUGAAAACACUGUAUAAAACUUCGAAAGUUCUAACAGAACAAAAUCCUUUAAGUAGUGACAAUAAUGACAUGUUUAUUUCUAGGUUAAAAGAUAUUUCUUUAGAAGGUUCUCCGUUUGAGAGUAAAUAUGCCAUAAAGUUGAUCUCAAAAUUACCUGAUUCUGAAACAAUAAUGAAAGAAUUGAAAACUUUAGUAUUGCCAUUAAAUGUGGGCACAUGUAAAAACUUUGCAUCUCAUAUUGUUGUUCUAACUGAAAUUUUCAAAGCCUUCCCUCAUAUUGUUGAUGAUGAGUCAACAGAUAUCAUUAGCUAUUUGAUUAAAGAAGUUUUAUUGUCAAACCAAGUAGUUGGUGAAGAUGAUGAGGCAAGUGGGUGGGUUGAAGAGCAAGAACUCUCAAGAGUAGAAUAUUUGUCCUUGGUCUCUAAAUUGGCUGUUUUGAAACUUUUUACAAACAAACUAAAGGUAUUGGCAUCCGAAAAUACAGAUAAUAAAUCUACUGAAGUGUUUAUUUUAAAAACGAUGAAACUUUUCUUUUACUUAAUUGCCAGUGGUGGUGAAUUAAUUGCUGAAACUAACAAAGAGAAUUACCCUACACCAGCCAAGUUUCAAACAAGAUUAAGAUGUCAAGCAGGUUUACAAGUGUUAAAAUUAGCAAAGAAUCAUAAAUUAAGUCAAUUGAUUACUCCUACAGAUGUCAAUAAAUUAAUCAAUUUGGUAGAAGAUGAAUGCUUAUCUGUCAGAAAAAUAUUUUUGAAAAAGUUAAAAGACUAUAUUUCAAAUGAAUUAAUAUCAAUUAAAUUUUUCCCUCUGAUAUUUUUCACAGCAUAUGAACCAGAUACUGAGCUAAAAGCAGACACUAAAAAAUGGGUAAAUUACACAUUUACGAAGGAAUCAUUCAAAAAUGGUACAUAUUUGGAGCGCACUCUUCCUAGAUUGAUACAUGCUAUUGCACAUCAUUCAGAUAUCAUAGAAGGUUUUGAAUCAGAAGAAGAUGAUGAUUUAUUGAAUGCAUUAAUAAACGCUAUUGACUAUUUAAUCUUUUAUUUUGAUUCUAUUGCUGCCCAAGAAAAUUUUAACCUUCUUUAUUACUUAUCUGAAAGAGUGAAAAAUUACCAAGAUAAGAUUACUGAUGAUAAUGAGGGAAAUGAUGAUGGUACGACAGAGGAAGAAAAUAUGCAUAAUAGUAAUCAAAUAUUUGAAACUUCCAAGAGAAUGUAUAUGGUUAGUGAACUUGCUCAAAUGGUUCUUUUGCAAUUAAAAGAGAAAAGAAAUUGGCAGCAUUCAGCUUAUCCUGGGAAAUUAAACCUGUCAAGUGAUAUAUUCUUGCCAUUCAUAUCUGGACAAGAAACAAGAACAGUUUUAAAAACUUAUUUGCCUGAUAAAUUUGCUGCAAAGUUACAAAAUAAUAUUAGAACAAAAGUUCAUCGCAUUACACAUACAUCUCAAACCCAGAGACAACGAGCCCAAAAAAGAAUGUUAGAAACAGAACAUAUUGAAGCUUCAAAAAAGAAGAAGCACGAAAGUAAAUCGUUGAAAAAGAAAAGAUCGGUUGCUGAUGAUGACAGUGAAUCUGAAGGUAGUAAUAGCGAUGAAAAUUAUGACCCAUCUGGUAAAAGUAAGGCUUAUAGGACAACGGUAAAAAAGAAUCUACGACAAAGGAAAAAGGUAAACUAUAAUGAUGGUGGAAGUAGUGGUGAUGAAGAUAAUUCUCUGGAAUAUAUGAUAUAG